AUGGAGGUGAUCUUCCACAACUGGAUGCGGCGGUACGAGUGCCUCACCGACGACCCCGCAGCGGCGACGGCGGUGUACGUGCCGUACUAUCCCGCGCUGGAGCUGCACCAGCACCUGUGCGUCAACACCACGGUACGCGACGGCCCGUCGGAGGCGUUCCUGCGAUGGCUGUCUUCGCAGCGCACGUGGGCGGCGCUCGGCGGGCGCGACCACUUCAUGGUGGCCGCCAAGACAACGUGGAUAUUCCGGCGGGAGCCUGGCGGCAGCGACGAAGGGUGCGGCAACAACUUCCUCGGCCAGCCGGAGUCCCGGAACAUGACGGUGCUCACGUACGAGUCCAACAUCUGGGCGCCGCGGGACAUCGCCGUGCCGUACCCGAGCUACUUUCACCCGUCGUCGGCCGGCGAGGUGGCCGGGUGGCAGGCGCGCGUGGGGGCUGCGCCGCGCCCGUUCCUGUUGGCGUUCGCGGGCGCGCGGCGUAUGAAGGGGCAGCUGGCCAUCCGCGACCGCGUCUUCGACGUGUGCGAGGCCGCGGCGCGGCGCGGCCGGUGCGGGAUGCCGGACUGCAGCCACGGCCUCGAGGGCAGCAUCACCUGCCGGUCGCCGCGGAAGCUCGUCUCCCUCUUCACCUCCGCGCGCUUCUGCCUGCAGCCGCGUGGGGACUCCUUCGCGCGCCGCUCGUCCAUUGACAGCGUCAUGGCCGGUUGCAUCCCCGUCUUCUUCCACCGGCCCUCCAUGCUCAAGGCGCAGUACCGCUGGCACGAGCCAGAGCCGGGCAGAAGCAACGACGGCGACCGCCGGUACUACGUGCUCAUCAACUCCAAAGACGUGCUGGAAGGGAGAGUGGACAUCGAGGAGGAGCUGAGUAGGUACAAGGAUGAGGAGGUGGCCGCCAUGAAGGAGGAGGUGAUCAAGAUGAUCCCGAGGUUCCUGUACAAGGACCCCAGGGUGGGGUUCCAGGGGGAGAUGAGGGACGCAUUCGACAUCACCAUUGACGAGAUGAUAGCCAGGAUGAGGAGGAUCAAGAAUGGAGAGAAUUUGAUAUGGAAGGGCGACGACAGGGAUGAGGAUUUCGCUGCGAACGAUUCGUGA